GGGGUGUUGGGGGGGGGGGGGGGGGGGGGGGGGGGGGGGGGGGGGGGGGGCGGGGGGGGGGGGGGGGGGGGGGGGGGGGGGGGGGGGGGGGGGGGGGGGGGGGGGGGGGGGGGGGGGGGGGGGGGGGGGGGGGGGGGGGGGGGGGGGGGGGUGGGGGGGGGGGGGGGGGGGGGGGGGGGGGGGGGGGGGGGGGGGGGGGGGGGGGGGGGGGGGGGGGGGGGGGGGGGGGGGGGGGUGGGGGGGGGGGGGGGGGGGGGGGGGGGGGGGGGGGGGGGGGGGGGGGGGGGGGGGGGGGGGGGGGGGGGGGGGGGGGGGGGGGGGGGGGGGGGGGGGGGGGGGGGGGGGGGGGGGGGGGGGGGGGGGGGGGGGGGGGGGGGGGGGGGGGGGGGGGGGGGGGGGGGGGGGGGGGGGGGGGGGGGGGGGGGGGGGGGGGGGGGGGGGGGGGGGGGGGGGCGGGGGGGGGGGGGGGGGGGGGGGGGGGGGGGGGGGGGGGGGGGGGGGGGGGGGGGGGGGGGGGGGGGGGGGGGGGGGGGGGGGGGGGGGGGGGGGGGGGGGGGGGGGGGGGGGGGGGGGGUGGGGGGGGGGGGGGGGGGGGGGGGGGGGGGGGGGGGGGGGGGGGGGGGGGGGGGGGGGGGGGGGGGGGGGGGGGGGGGGGGGGGGGGGGGGGGGGGGUGGGGGGGGGGGGGGGGGGGGGGGGGGGGGGGGGGGGGGGGGGGGGGGGGGGGGGGGCGGGGGGGGGGGGGGGGGGGGGGGGGGGGGGGGGGGGGGGGGGGGGGGGGGGGGGGGGGGGGGGGGGGGGGGGGGGGGGGGGGGGGGGGGGGGGGGGGGGGGCGGGGGGGGGGGGGGGGGGGGGGGGGGGGGGGGGGGGGGGGGGGGGGGGGGGGGGGGGGGGGGGGGGGGGGGGGGGGGGGGGGGGGGGGGGGGGGGGGGGGGGGGGGGGGGGGGGGGGGGGGGGGGGUGGGGGGGG